AUGGCUUCAAACCGAAAGGUGUUCAAGCGCUUCGUGGAGAUCGGCAGAGUUGCCUACAUCUCCUUCGGGCCACAUGCUGGCAAACUGGUGGCCAUUGUCGAUGUUAUUGACCAAAAUAGGGCACUGGUGGAUGGCCCCUGCAGUGGUGUCAGGAGGCAGGCCAUGCCCUUCAAGUGCAUGCAGCUGACUGACUUUGUCCUGAAGUUCCCACACAGUGCUCGUCAGAAGUGUGUGCGACUUGCCUGGGAGAAGGAAAAUAUAAAUGAAAAAUGGUCAGCAACAAGAUGGGCAAAGAAGAUUGAAGCCCGAGAAAAGAAAGCCAAGAUGACUGACUUUGAUCGCUACAAGGUGAUGAAAGCAAAGAGAAUGAGAAACAGAAUCAUCAAGCAUGAAAUGAAGAAGCUCCAGAGGAUGGCUUCUAAAAAAGGCAAGAAGCCAGGGAAGCCAGAGAAGGCAACAAAGGGCAAAAAGCCAGUGAAGGCACCCAAGGCUAAGAAGCCAGAGAAGGCACCAGCACCGAAGGCACAGAAGGCACAGAAAUAAAAUGAAUUUCUCAUUAUGUAUAA